UUUUUCAAAUUAGCUUGCCGGGAAAAGAAGGCGUAGUCUUUUUCUUCCUACUGUACGUUGGAGCUAGUUUUUUUUUACUGUAAGUGUAACAACGUGUAUUGUGGAGUAAGCAAAGUCAUGGUGCAGGAAUUUCAGGUCCUGAGAUGUUUCACAUGCAAAACCUUCCAAGUCCAUCAGGUGAAAAAGAGCAAUAAGUGGAACUGCAAAAUGUGUGGAGAAAAACAGUCCCUAAUGAAGAUAUAUGGACAGGGCUCUGGUGCUGACUGCAGGCGCCAUGUUCAAAAACUCAAUGCAAUGCGUGGAGAAAUAAUACAAGCAGAAGAAGAUCAUGCAUGUGAGCAAGCUAGGUUUUCAGAAGACAUUCAGUCACAAGAUGAAAAUUUGAGCAUUGCAGUUGAACCGAAUGUGGAAGCAGAAAAAGAAGCCAGUUGCUGGAGCAACUAUCUGCAGGACAGUACUGAGGAGUCGAGAGAAGAGACAACGAGGAGUGAAGAGGAUAAUCUGUACACUGACAGUAGCUGCUUUAAUGUACAGAAUGUCAUCAAUAAGACUUCAAGGAAACGUAAGAAGAGCUGGGAUUCUGCCAAUACACCAACUAAGGAAUUUACAAAUCAUGUCUUCUAUGAAGGCGUCUGGAAAAAAUGCAGUGAUCAAGAGAAGAAUGAGAAGCCAAUGAUGGAUGAGAGAAGAAGUUUGACUUUAAUAAAUAGAAAUUCAAAACUCCUGGAAUCAUCAACAACAGGUUCUCCUGGUGCCUCAGCUGCCAAGAGAGUCUCUACAGCAAUUAAGGCUUCAUCUAACCCUGGAUACAACGCAAAGCACUCUGAGCUCAAGGCUUUGAAAUGGGAUAAGUACCUUUCUUUUCCUUCAGAAGAUAAAAAGGAGAAAAGAGACUUUCAGGGGCAGAGAGAAAGGGAAAUUACUGUUACCACGGAUGCGAGGCUGGAAGGUGAUAUAUUUUCUAUUGUUAAAUCCAUUGCUGAUGACAGUUAUGAAGACAGGAGAUGUUACAAAGUCCAAGAAGUUCAUUGUGAAAAUAAGACACAUCAAAUAUCUACAGUACAGAAUCAAUGUUUAUUUCCUGAAACUGUGCCCGAGACUGUAACUUCAUCCAUCAUGUACCAGAAUGCCACAGAGAUUCGUACUCUGUCAGCAAAAACAGGCGAUUGGCACAGCAACUUUGAAUUAAAUUUAGAAAGCUCCGAUUGUGCUAGUGAAUCCCAACUUUGCCAAGAUCCAUUAUUUCCAUCCUCUACUAUUAAUGGUAAGAUAAAUCCAGCUCGAAAACAAUAUUCUUCCAUGUCGUCUCUCUUCCAGACAGAUGAGGACUUUGAUGAUUUUUUGUAGCCUUCAGUCAAGCCUCUGUGGUAAUUUCAAAUGAUAUUCAAAGUUUUUUUUCCCCCCUUCUUACUGUACACUAUUCUCCUAACUGGAUGUACAUAGAUUAAACGAUUACUUGCUUGAUUGUGGAAUUAGGUCUUAGAAGGCAAAUAUCUCAAAUGUGUAAAUGUGGAUUAAUUUGUUUAAUAACUUGGAAUAACAGUUCUGUUGUUAACCAUUUUUACUUAUGACCUUUAGUGCAUAUUCAGAUAACAAUCACAGAAGCUUCAUUACUUAUUUUAAACUGCUGUUGCAGAAUGUAUGAUUAAUUAAAUGUAUAUUAAAAUACAUGUGUAAAAAUAG